AUGCGGUGCGGGAAGAUGGCGGCCCCGCCGGCAGCCGGCGCGCCGGGCGCUUGGGGCGGCGUGCGGCGGCGCUGCCAGCGGCUGCUCUACUGGGUGCCGGUGCUCUUCAUCUCCAGCAUCCUCUGCUGGUCCUACUACGCCUAUGUCACCCAGCUCUGCCUGCUGACAAUGACAAAUAUCGGAGAAAAAGUUGUGUGCCUGGUUGCUUACCACAUAUUUUUCAUGCUAUUCGUCUGGUCAUAUUGGAAAACAAUCUUUACGCUCCCAAUGAAUCCUUCAAAAGAAUUUCAUCUAUCGUAUUCAGACAAGGAGUCCCUAGAGAGGGAGCCUAGAGGUGAAUCCCAGCAAGAAGUCUUAAGACGGGCAGCCAAGGAUCUUCCUAUCUACACACGGACAAUGUCUGGAGCAAUCAGAUACUGUGACAGAUGCCAUCUUGUAAAACCAGAUCGUUGCCAUCACUGUUCAGUAUGCGACAAAUGCAUUUUAAAAAUGGAUCAUCACUGCCCUUGGGUGAACAACUGUGUAGGAUUCUCCAAUUACAAAUUUUUUCUUCUCUUCUUGGCUUACUCGCUACUGUAUUGCCUUUUCAUUGCUGCAACAGAUUUGCAGUACUUUAUCAAGUUUUGGACAAAUGGCCUUCCUGAUACUCAAGCCAAGUUCCACAUCAUGUUUUUAUUCUUUGCUGCAGCUAUGUUUUCUGUCAGUUUGUCUUCUCUCUUUGGGUAUCACUGUUGGCUUGUCAGCAAGAAUAAAUCUACAUUAGAGGUAUUCAGAGCUCCCAUAUUUCGUCACAGAACAGAUAAGAAUGGCUUUAGCCUGGGCUUCAGCAAAAACCUAAGGCAGGUGUUUGGUGAUGAGAAGAAAUACUGGUUGCUGCCUGUGUUUUCAAGUUUAGGGGAUGGUUGCUCCUUUCCAACUUGCCUUGUUAAUCAGGAUCCUGAGCAAGCUUCCACGCCUGGUGGACUUAAUUCAACAUCCAAAAAUGAGAACCAUCUGUUUCCUGCAAAGCCGUUGCGUGAUUCCCAGAGCCACCUACUUACAGAUACACCAUCUUGGUCAGAAACUGCUGCAAAGGCUGAAAAGGGCAAAGUUGGUAUGAGUAAUCCUGCGUUAACCAUGGAAAAUGAAACCUAAUUUCCCUUAAAAGAAACAUCUGAAUGUGCAAGGAAAGUUCAAGAACAAGCUGUUGUUGGAAGGAAGAUGCAUUCUUCCAAGUAUCAGCCCUGUUGGCCAGCUGCUCCUGUCUGCUCCUCUAUGGAUGUGCUCAGAAAACAAACUGACAGAUGAUUAGCUGUCUCCAUGUCACUGCUUGAAACACGAAACUAAACACACUACUUCUGAACCAUAUAAAGGAUGUUUCAACUUAAAAUUACUGGGUUUGAAUGGUGAAGGAUGACUGAGUACUAGAAAGUGGAUAAAAAGAAGAGUCUGCGUUUACAAUUGUAAAAAUUCAAUGGCUGGUUUUACUUUGAUAUUCAGCACAAGAAAAAUGUGACCCCCUUACUAUCAGUUCGUGUUCUUGGCUUGGUUUUGAAAAUCUAUCUUUUAAUUCAAAUUGUAAGUAGUUGACUUUAAAAUCAAAUUUUUGCACUACUGGCUUUAUGAGGGGAGAACAGCCAGUGUUGAUUAGGAACAGUUUAAUUGCUUGGUGGACUGUAUUUUCUUUUGAGCCCUUGAUAAGCAAUUUUUGAAGAUAAGACCUAAGUGUCUUGACUAUUUUUGGAACAUUUUUUGGAAAACAUUAUUGUAAAAGCUCUGCUUUCCCUCAGAUCUGCACUACCAAUAAUUUGAAAAGUUGUUGAGAAGGAAAAAAAUCCUUUGGUUAAUUGAAUGCUAGAGUGGGCCACUCCUCGGUGAUGCGAUAAAAAGCCUGUGUUCAGACGGGUAAUAUGUAAAUGAAAUUGGCCAGCUGGGGAUUUUGAUGGAAGUGUCACAGAAUAGCCCUAUGAAAUGGGAUUUUAUUUUCCCAUUUAGAGCUCUUACCCCUUUGGGAAGCAAAUGUUGGCCCUGAACUUAGAUCCAAAAGGUAUUUUACCGACCUGUUAGUUACCGAGGGCCAUUGUCUUUCAAGCUCCUAAUUUUCUAUUAAUCAGUAUUUGUCUCAGAUUUCUUUCUUCACUUUUUCUUCAAGACACUGCCUUUCUUACUGAAUAACUUACUGAAUACCAUGUACAGUCAAGGAGACUGUUAUAACUUGUGAUAUUUGCAUUUACAGGAAAAUGGACUUUUGAUUGCAAUACCAAAAAGCCAAGCUGCUGCACAUAGGAAAUCCCAUUCAAUUAAGUUAGGAGCUAGCAGCUUUCUUAGGAUCAGAGUUUACUGACCAGAAUAAAAGAGGCAUUUUUGGCUUUCAAAGUCAAGGGAGUUUUAGCAACAAAAAUCUAAUUGUCUUGUGCCUUUUGUAUACACUAUAUUUAUGGUAUCAGUGUUUACAUUUAAACGCAAAUUUUUAUUCUGAAAACAACUUUAGGAGGAAUUUAGUUAUGCUUUCUAGGGGGCUAGAUAAAAAGAGGACUCUAAAAAGAAAGGUGAAAAUCUCUCAGACUAUGCUGAGUUCAGUUGAAAGAGGAAAGUGCUUUUAUUAUCAAACCCGAGUUAUUUAGUAGGUUGGUUCACAGUAUAAAGAUGCUAGUCAUUUGUUUAUGGAACUGGCAGCAGGACUAAGUGAUAUAAUUCUGAAAGCAAAAGAUACUAUCAUUAACUCUUCUACCAGCAGGUAACUUCAAAAUUUGUCUUUCUUGGGUUUGCAACUUAAGUGAUAGCUGGUGUAGCAAAAUGUGGCUUUUUUUUUUUUUUUCUCUAGUGAGGGAAAAUAUAUUUAUUUUACUUUUUUUUUUAAAUCUAAAAAUUUUACCAGCCUGAAAACAUCUGUUUAUUGCCAGAAGUGCCAGAGUGUGGAUCCCUUGAUGUAGAACACCUUUUCUAAACUAGCAUGAAGGUAGCAUACAGUUUACAUGAUGUCUGCAGAGAUCUAGUAACCAAAAGAUUAUUUGCAGCUCUUUAUUCAGUGUUGUUCUGUCAGCUUACCUCAUAUUCAUGUUUGUUUAAAGGCAAACUUGUCAAGGGAUAAGGGGGAGAGGGAAAAUAUAUUUUUUAACACUUCAGGUUCUCAAUCUUGUAGAGUCUUGUUUUUUAUGCAGUUAGGUGAACACAGGGUGGAUUUUCAUGGGGCAUGCAUUUAAAAAUACUAAGUAGAAAGUUGAAAUUCAGCUUCAGUGUAUCUUGCGACAUAUUUUUAUGUAAAGACAUACAUAAAAACAUAAAAAGAAUUCUUCCCCAGCAAAACACAUCAUGGAAAUGGAUCUCUCUAAUACAGAUGUCAGUCUCUCUGUGUCCAGGGCUCUGAGAUCUCUCAGUAAGGCUGAGGAUCAUUGUAGAGAAAGGACAGGGAUAAGGGAUCAAGAAAUGCCUGGCUUCUCCAUGUCUCAGAAGUCAUACUCAGAAAGCACAAUAGCCCUAAAUAAUCUGCAGUUUUGUUGCAGUCAGAGGCUGUCCCCCUCAGAGAAAACUGGUGGAGGCAUGGGAAACAGACACUGAUGAAGGGAGGAGAAAGAAAGGAUGGUAGUUCAGAAGUAAACACUGAGUAGAUCUAAGCCAGAGGGCUGUAGCUACAUCUGCUCUCUGGAUGGGCAUGAGCUGUAUCUCCAUGCAUAGCACUGUCAGCUGGCUUUGAGGGUUCCUGGCAGUCCUCACUGUGUAGAGUAUGGACAAAAUUGAGCUAAUCAUGCUCCAAAGUAUAAUUUCUGAUGAUGUGACUGUACUCUCGGCUUUAAACUCUAAUACUUUCUAUAACAAAGCAAAAAUUCUCUUCUUGACAUACUGACCAUUGUCAGUGUUACAAUGCAGGCAGGAGAAUUCGUGAAGAAGUCAGGGUAGCAAGGAUGCAAUGUUGUUCAUCUGCCUACACUGAUUCUCCUGUCCUUUAUAUUCUUGCUAGGCACUUUACUACAGCCUUUUGUGUAAUUUCUGUAUUUUUUUUAAGGAGUGCUUUUUACCUACUGUACAGUUACUAAUCUACUUUUUUGCUAAAAAGAAAAUAAUAUCCCUGAUAUUUGUCUAGAGGUGUGACUGCAUUUCAAACUUUAGUGGAAACUGAAUGAGUUCUGCAGACUCCUCAGAUGGGCCCAAGUCCCAGUGACAACAGAAUUAAAUUUAUUUUGUAUAUAUGUAAACAGUCAUAUGAACCAUAGCUCCCUACAUGUGUAAAAAAUUUCUUUUAUUUGUAGGUUAGAACAAACCCAAAAUGUCUGCACCAGAAGUAGUCCACACAUACUCUACUGGUGAGGGAGUACUCAAAGUCUUGACAGAGAACUAUUUUUGUUAUGAAAAUGGAACACAAUCUUUGUGAGCAGUUAAGAUACAGCUGCUGUUAUGCACUUUAGUUCUUUAAAUGGAGAAGAAAAACACUGUCCAGUUUAGGUUACAGACUGAAAGUUCUUUAGUAGACUGUGGCUGGGCAGAUAAUCAGGUAAUGAAACACAAACUCACAGAGCUUGGAAGGGAACACCACUGGGGUUAUCUGGUCCCUGCUCAAGCAGGAUCAUCCUAGAGCAUAUUGCACAGUAUGAAAUACAGAUGGUUCUUGAGUAUCUCUUGUGAGGGACACUACAGAAAGGAAACAACUUUGUCUCAGUGUGUGCAGUGCUGGAGCUGGUUUUCAUUAUUACUUUGGACUGAGAGUUCUUCCCCUGGUUCGGUUGACUGGUGUGUGGAGGGGUGUGGGGAAAUAUAUUUCUACAUAAAUUUAGUGUAUAACUUUACCACUUGUUAAUGUAUUGCUCACAUAAAUAAAUGCUUCAUGUUCAGCAUGCCAUGUACGUAGCAGUCAUUGAUACACUACCAGCAGUUUUAGUGAUGGUGUAUCUGAACAGAUCAUCUCUGCUAGGGCUUCACUAACAACCUAGUUGCUAUGAAUGUCCCCCCUCACCCCUUCAUCAAGAGUUUUGGACUUUUUUAGGUGUAUUUCCCUUCUCCAAGGUUCACCUCACAAUGCACUGACACUGAAAGAGGUUGAAAAGGAACUAGUUCUUCUAUUAUCUUUCAUGGGUGAAACACUCCAUGCCUUUAUGCUGGCAGACAGAGCUUUGAGUACUCCUUUGAGUACUGUUGAUGGUCAAAAACGUGAAAUUUUGUCCCCCCCCCCCCCCAAAAAAAGGGGGGUGGAGGCGGUUUGUCUUAAACCCCUUAUACCAUAGAAGUGAGAAUGUACAAGAAAGCUACUAACCAGGACUGUCACCCACAGCAGCUUUGCUUCAUGAAGGUUCUCUGCUCCCUGCCAGGCCAGAUUCUUCAGAGCUGCCUGACUUUCCCCUUUCCUAAGUCUUCCUUAGGAAAGUGCUGGAUCCACCUCCUGUGCAGAGAGGAGUGAGACUGUUGGCUUAGGGACUUCUGAAACUGCAGGAACAGUUACGUAAAGGUGAAAGCAGCUUUUAUUUCUUCCACUUCAGACAUAACCUGCAGUAUAUGGUCCAAGCUCAUCCUGUUUUUAAAAUCCUUCCAAAAAUAUUGGUAUUGAACCAUACACAAACAUUCUCAUCCAAAACAAGAUUUAAAAAAAGUAUGUGCUGCUAUGCAGUGGGGGUGGUGGGAUGUCUCUAUUGCUACUUCACUUCCAUCUAUCACCUGCUUGUCAGUGACCCCGCAGUAGGAUAGGAAAAGCAGCAGCCUUAUGGGAUUAAACUUUCAGCAAGUGACAUCUGACAUAACCUAAGGAAAGCCUUGCUGUGUUCCCUCAGCAAUUUUUCAAUUGUUCCUUCUUUUAAUUUUUUAUCAUCUUUCUUUCUGUCUUCUCCAUUUCUUCCCUAGAAGUCCAGAUUAGAAGAGUUUCAUGUGAAAUGUACAAUCACCACUUACAUUCUCUUUAUUUUUCUCCCUCCCAAAGUUGAUUCUAUAUAGGUAAUUCCUUCAUUUCUCCAAGUUGUCGCUCAUCACUGAAAUACAGUAACUCAGUCAUCCUGAAAUCCAGUAUUUGAGGCAUUGAUCACAUCCUUCAUCCUAGAUCAGUGUAAUCUCAAGCAGAUGGUCCCAAUAGCUUGACUGCAGCAGUUGGAAGAGUGUGCUGUGAGCCUUCUCCCCUUUCUCCCCCUCUGCAUGCUCAGUUUAACUGAUUGGCAUAACUGGAACAGACCCAACACUGCCUGACAGUCAUCAGUUUAUGAAGUCACUUUCCUUUUUUUUUUUUAAUCUGAAAAUAGAACAAUUCUUAGUUCACUUAAGAAAGAGUUCCUGUUAUAAAGGCAAAAAUAGACAACACACAUACUGUUAGAGCCUGAACAACAGGAACUUGUUUCCAGUUAUUUUCUCCAUCAUAUCAAGGGAUGUAACUGGCCGGUAUUUCAAAUAGAUACAAUAGUAAAAAAUCAACAGCUUCAUAUAAAACACUAUCACUGAUACUACAGCUCUUCCCCAGAGCAUGCAGAGGAACGAGAAUGAAGGAAAGGGGGAGCUUGCCCAGCUCAGCUGUUACGUGAUGAGAAGUAAAGAAAGGCAAUGCAACCCCAGCUCUGCUUCACUGUCCUACAAAAAGUAAAACACAUUUUCUGUAAUGCAGCUUAAAAAGUUCAUCUGCUGCCAACUUCUACCUGAUACACAGAGAAGGGAAAAGGCUUCCCUUCCCCUUUCUCCAGUUCUCCCUCACAUUAUCCAACACAGUUAACUGAGGCAAGUGUCUUGGGAGCAUGGGAAAGAGCACUCUUGGGCAAGACAAUUCUACUGCAACAGAGGCAGGAAAUAAUACCUCAUCUGUGCUGGCAGAAGAAGUACAACACCAGUCUCUUCACAGUUGGCAUGAAUGGGCUGAUUUAUUCCCAACCCAAGACUGCUAAAAUAAUGCAGGAGAAUCAUCUUCAUUUCACUACCUGUGUGAGGGUAGUGCAAGAGGGAACACCAAGUAAGCACCCUCAUGGAAGAGGAAAAUAAAACAAACUCCCAUGAACCAAUUAAGGUGCACUAAACAUCAGAUAUACCAGGAGAAUAACCUCAUGGUAUGAAUAGAAAAGUACACAGAGAUAACUGAUUUUACUGUGUAAAAAUUGGGAUUUAUUUUUUGUGAGAUUUUGUUCAAACUCAAUUUUAAGUAGUUAGACAAAUACCCACCAUUCUGCUGGAGGCUUUUGGCUUUUUUUUGCCAUCGCUGACAUGGUGUAAUAUAAAAUUCUUGAGAAGUCAGUUUUGUUUAAAAUUCCACUUAAUUACUUUACAGGUUAAUAAACUGCAAUAAACCCACACCACCCUAAAUCCAUUGACAUGAGAAUAUUAAGCUUCCAGAGAAGUUCUAAAAACAGCUUCGGUAUAGAAGUGUUUUCUUUCAAUGCACAUUGGUUUAAGUGAGUUACUAGUUAAUUCAAGGUUGAAAAACCAAUUGGGAGUUUAAAACAGAACUUUAUGUCCAGUUUGUUUUUACAUUCCUAAUGAUCUUCCUCCAUCAAGGAUAAGUCUUCCUUAUUCCAGACUUUGCUAGGCAUCUCAGAGACCUGGGAUGCCUAAAGGCAGGUCCUAAGAGUAAAAACCAAAGCAAAGAAGACAUUGAGUAGCUUGGCCUUUUACGUGUCCUUUGUAAGUUAGUCUCCUGCCCCCAUUCGGCAGUAGUGUCAUAUUGCUCCUGCUGUCCCUGUACAAGCUUUUCUUGUCCCUCACCAGAAUCAACUUCAGAUAGACUUUGCUUGUCCUAAACCAGCCCCUUCAUCCACACUUCUGACAAUGUCUCAUGUCCUGCUUCCACCUUUCUGUGUUUCGACUUGAAUCAGAAGCACCUUGUUCAUGAAUGCAGGCUUCCUGCUACUUUUCUUGGAUUUUCAGAGUAAGGGAAUGGACCAUUCUUAAGUGUGGAGUAACCAGUCAGAUAAGGUAAGAGAAAUUUAUUGAUGUCAGAGUUGAUAGGUCAUCAACAAAUUCAUGGGGGAAAAAGCCUUAAAUACUCUGAAUGUGUUCCAGACCUAUUUUCCUCCAUCUCAAGGAUGCUUCUUGCCUAGUUUCAAUGAGGAAAGGAACUAAAUGCUUAAAAUAAAAAUUAUAUAUAUUAAAAAAAUAGUGACAGAGAACAUAAGGUUCCUGGAACACUCAUCUGACUCGAGAAGCCAAAAAUACAAGUGGAUUAAAAAUAGAAAGAUCAAAUAUAACAGGUCUUGAUACUGCAAUUCUUCUGACAAACCUACUCAACAACAGUGUAUUUUAAAUGGAUUGGGAAAAGCAGAGGCCUAGAAAGAGAAUUUUUCUCUCUGAACAAAAAGGUGCAUGUCUAGACAUCUGGAACUGUGCCUGCACAUUAAUUUUUGCAAAAGCAAUUAAAGCUGGCCACUUUGGAAACACAUUUCAGGCUCUGAAGUUUACACAUAAUGGUCCUACACAAAAGAAAUUACUUUUUUCAUAAUCUCUACAAUUCACAAUUUAAAUCACUCCUUAAUGGAAACUAAAUCUAAUUUUUCCAAGGAAAUGAAUGAUGCACAGAUGUCUCCCCAGCUGCAAUCAACUCUCAACAGAUCACAGUGAUCAGACCAAGAAUAAAGCAUAAUCUGUUUCAUGCUGACCAGUGGCUUUUGAAAAUGCUUUUGUUACUGGCAGAAAACUCAAGAUUAGAAUUCUUUGAAGUGAAAUACUGGUCGGUCUGUCCCUCUCCAGAAUAAGGGGGGUGGAACUAGAUUAUCUUUAAGGUUCUUUUCAACCCAAACCAUUCUAUGAUGGGAAGCAAAGCAAAGCACAGCACAGCAGAGCAUAUGGAAUGCUCAGCAGUCACUUCAAAAGCACAUCCCCAUCGGCACUAGAACUUUCACUGUAGGCACACAUUCAGAAGGCUCUAAAACCUUCCUUUGAUCCUCGAUUAAAAACCUACUUCAAAACAAAAACCCAUUAAAGUCCUUCAAAGAGUCAUUCUGCUCAAGUUAACCAGAUAGCUGUAUCCAUAUGCUUUAGGCAAAGCUGCUACUUUAAAGCAAAUGCAUCAAACUUCAGGAGUUCUUCAUUCCAUGUCUACGCAAACUUUCCCUGGAGGCCACAGUAACAAUUCAUGCUGCUUUCACCAUCGCUAUCUUAAAGCCAAAGACAACUUAAGUCACCAUCAUCUAAUGCAUAAUGGUAUAAAAGUACUAAUGGGAUUAGGAUGCCUUAGAAGUAAAUUGCAAUCACCCCUCUUCCAACUCAGGACAGUAAGAAUUAAAUGACUGGAAACCCAUGAACAUAAUUCUGCUCUCAAUGUGAAAU